CUUGAAGGAUGCGGCCGACAAGGUCGAUCCUCCUAGUCGUAGCCGUCGUUCUUCGAGGCACUAUGAUGGUUACUCUGACGAUGGACGGAAUGGUGGAUAUUAUAAUGAUCCCAGAGAUGUAGUUCCGAAGAUGAGCGCCGGCGAAGAAAAGGCCAGAAAAAGAUGUUCCUUACGGGUGGACUCGCCACAGUAGCCACCAUCCAUGCGGCGCAUAACGUCUACCAAAGUAUGGAGAAGAGAGAGGAGCGACGACAUGCAUUGAAGGAAGGUGAGAUUAGUAAGCAACAGGCCAAGGGCGAGAAGAACAAGGCGAGACUGCAAGAUGCUGCUAGUAUCGGUAUCGCCGCACUGGGCCUGAAGGGUGCCUACAGUGAGUGGAAGGAGAUGAAAGAGUACAACCACGAGAGGCACGAGGAGAAGGAGACAAUCGAGAGGCAUGCCAAGAAACGAGAGGCCAGGCGAAGGAAGAUGAGCUUGUUGGCCAGUCAGGACUACGUCAACAGCGACUACACCGGCAGCAUGCCGAACCUUGCGACAUACCCUCACGAUCCUUACCGCCCAGCGGCAGCUCCAACUUAUGCCUCUCAAUCGGCGGUUCAUUAUAACGACGACAAUCCCUACGCCGCCAUGUCACAACAAGCACCUCCUCCUGCGGCUACGGGUUUCCCUCCUCCGCCAAUUGGGCUUCAACACCCACGGACUAUGUGAAGACGUUACGAAACAGGACAGGCGUCGACCUAACGACCUCCCAUCGACCUUUCACGCAUUCUAACGAGCCAACACAAUGAUGGUCAUGACCGAUCUUUUACGCAUAUGAGAGGCAGGCGUGGUACCACAGGAGUCGAGGAUGCCAGCAUUUUCGGGGUCACGGUUCUCA